AUGAUUUUUGGGUAGGAAAUCUGCAAGCCUUGCAAACAGGCAGUCUUAUCAUUGUUCACAAUCUCCUUUUUCUGUUAGUGGUGCAAGCGAGCACUGGAACAGCUAACGGAAGAACAUCUCGGAAUCUCACUCCUGCUAUAAAACUACCAUGGAGAAUUCAACUAAAAUACUGUUUGUUCUACAAGGACUCAACGAGAUAGUGUCAAGCAAACAAACAUACUUUUUCCCCGCUCUAUUUUUUUACCUUUUCACUGUUUUAGUGAACCUGACUUUGAUUACAACAAUUAUUUUGGAGAAAACACUCCAUGAGCCCAUGCUUAUAUUUCUGUGUAACUUGUGUGUAAAUGGGCUAUGGGGUGCCUCUGCAUUUUAUCCCAAAAUAUUGGUGGACCUUUCAUCUGACUUGAGUGUUAUUCCGUAUGAAGCUUGCCUGGCCCAAAUAUUUGUAUUAUACAGCUACGUUUUCUGUGAAUUUACUACAUUAGCAAUGAUGGCUUACGACAGGUAUGUCGCGAUAUGCAAGCCGCUCAAUUACCACUCCACCAUCACGCCUCAGAAGGUAAUGCAAUUGCUUAUUUUUACCUGGCUUUUAUCCAUUUGUGAAGCAGUUGUUUUGGUGGGUCUUGUAGUCAGACUACCCCUCUGCGGAUACAAAAUUGACAAGAUUUACUGCACAGCUUGGGCCGUGAUAAAACUGUCAUGUGUGGACACCACUAUCAACAACGUGUACGGGUACAUGUUCAUGAUUUUUCACUUUUCACAGGUAGUGCUGAUCUUGAUUUCCUAUGUCAAUAUCAUAAAAGUCUCUGUGCGAUCGCGGGCAGAUCGGCGUAAAUUCAUGCAGAGCUGUUUUCCCCAUUUAAUCGCAGUGAUCACCUUCUUGUUUGCAUUCAUUUUUGACCUCUUGUUCGCUCGCUAUGGUCCCACCAGCCGUUUGCAGGCUCUCCGCAAUGUCAUGUCCCUGGACUACAUCGUUGUUCCACCGCUCCUAAAUCCCCUCAUUUAUGGCCUCAGACUGAACCAGGUCCGCAGGAGAAUAUUUAGAAUUCGCAGCCGGAAAAUACGUGCCCUGAAAUGAAUAUUCUGUCUACUUUGCUGUCCAGGCUGGAAAAAAUAGCUUAAAAAAAAAAAAAUAAAUAAUAAUAAUACGUGAUUGAUUGAAUUUUACAUUUGGAGCUGAUAUGUGGGCGUUUGAAUUGUCGUGAGUCGACUCGUCUCGUUUAGCCUACUUCCUACUAUCUUCAUGAUGAUGGAUUCAUUUUUCUUGCGAAGUGAUUUUGUUAGCGAACCCUGUAUAGCCUAAUUUAAUUCAUUCUCUCGUAGACAUGCAGGAAAUGCGCCUGACAGACAGUGGCCUGC